UAAAAAAUCGAUGACCCUAGUGAGGUCAUUUAUGACUUUACGUUAAGCCACCAAUAGCAACAAAUGCAUUUUGCUUCUGCGCAAUAAGCGUGUUUGACUACAGGCAUGAAAAGCAACCAGCAUCAAUAUCGUCAGACACUUCAGCUCACCGGAACGAUUAAUUGACAAUUGAACCACAAAGCAAAACAAGCAAUAAGCACUGCCAAAUAAUCCUUGCACUAUCCCUUCAGCAGAUCUGCCUCGUACCGUCGGUGUGCCGGCGUCACUGCCCACGGCGCGGGGCGGGGGCGGGGGCGGCAGCCGGGUGGUGUCGGUCGGACGGCUGGCUGCCGGUCAGUUGGCCGCCCGCCGCGUGAGGUGUGAGACCCGGUGACCUGCUGGGACUACCGCGGAGCGGGCCGUGAGAGAGGUGCUUUGGAGUGUCGGUGUGCUGGUGUGGACACAUACUGCCGUAGUUACGAGGUGAAGUGGACUGUGAGAUUGUCUGACACCACGAGUCACCUGUGACGUGGUUUGACACCGUGUGUCAUAGCGUGUUCGUGCUGCUCCUGACUGGAAGAUACCGGACAGUGCUUCAGGAACACGCAGUGGACACUGGACAGCCGUGGCAGCGUGCCUCACCCCACGCGGCAACUUGUUUGUAACUGAGUUACGCCAGACAGUAACUGGUUUGAGACUGAGCACUCAGGAGAAGUUUUCCAGUUUUUCUUGGAAGUUUUGAGGACUCCCUGACAUAGCGCCAGGCAAGUCCAGCACCGAUCGAUCUGACGGUAUAAACAAAACCGGUUAGAAAAGAGGGCUUCUAGUGGAAGAGCGACAUUUAAUUGCAUUUUUUGUUGCAUUCGGAAGACAUCUGUGGAAGCGACGAUGAGGCUGCUAAAUCAGUUUCCUGCCGUGCUGCAAAAACGCAUCGUUUCUACUGCAAGAUGUGACUUUUAAGCGUGCGCUGGCUGGGGCAGGGAAAUGCCGUCGGCUAAGGUGCACGUCAGCGCUGCCACGGACCGCGCCAGAAACGUCAUCAGCGCUGGAUCCACUAAUGGCCGGUCACUGACGAGUGACCUGACCUUGACCUCGAGUCAGGUCACGCCCUACUCACGGCUCAUCAAUCAGCUGCGGAACGAUGAGCGGCUAAUGAAGGAGCUGACCCUGGGAAAGCGCGUGGGACUGUACCGGUUCUAUGGUGACCUCGGCACUGGCAACUUCUCCCAGGUCAAACUGGGCGUCCACCAGCUGACCAACGAGAGGGUAGCCGUCAAAGUUAUCAACAAGGCUAAGCUGGACCAGAAAACGCAGAGGAUGCUGGCGCGAGAAAUCGCCAACAUGGACCGGGUGCAUCACCCGAACAUUAUCCGGCUGUACGAGGUGCUGGAGACGCUCUCCAAGAUCCACCUGGUGAUGGAGCACGCGCCGGGAGGCGAGCUCUUCCACAAGAUCACUACCGAGGGCAGGAUGUCGGAGCAGCGAGCACGACCUCUGGUGGCCCAGCUGGUGUCGGCGGUACAGCACAUGCACAACAACAACAUGAUCCACCGCGACAUCAAGGCCGAGAACGUCUUCUUCUCGCGUCCGGACGUCGUCAAGCUGGGCGACUUCGGCUUCAGCACGUUGGUCAACGCGCCCGAGCAGCACCUGACCACCUUCUGCGGCUCGCCGCCCUACGCCGCGCCCGAGCUCUUCCGCGACGACUACUACACGGGAGCCGCCGUCGACGCCUGGGCUCUCGGCAUCCUCGUGCACUUCAUGGUGGCCGGCGCCAUGCCGUUCCGGGCGACGACCGUGACGGCGCUGAAGCGUCAGAUCCUCUCUGGGGCGUUUCCGGAGCCGGAGGGGGUGAGCGCGCAGUGUCUGUCGCUGAUCCGGGGACUGCUGCGGCUGCAGCCGGCCGAGCGCUGGACGCUCCGGGAGGUGGCUGACUGUCCGUGGCUGGCGGGCCAGACGCUGCCCUCGCCCAGCCGGCCGUUCUCUCUCACUGCCGCCGUACCGGGGAGGACGGUCGAGGAUAUGGAUAAGCUAGAGACCGCCACUCGCGCGCGGCUCGUGAAGCUCGGCCUGGACGCGGACGCGCUGGAGGCGCACUGGGAGCGGGGCGGCCGGAGUCCCGUGACGGGCAUCUAUCGCAUCACCAUGCACCGGAUGAUGCGCGCGGAGGAUGGGGAGGUGAACGAGACGGACUCGCCGCGCAGGAGAGUCGGGACUCCGACCGACUCGCGCCCGGACUCGAGGGACUCGCGGUCCGUGUCUCCCGGCGUGGUCUCCGUGAAAAAUGAUAAGUCAAAGGCGUGCACGAUUCUGUGAUAAGACGUGAUGAGCACUGAGCGAGUCAGAGCCGAUGCGUAGUGUUGUUAUCGGCUGAACUAUUUUCGAAUGUGCGUUGUUAGGUGUGAGACUGAGAACUAUUUUUUGAUUGCGUAUUGUUAGACGUGUGAAGCCCGCCGAUCCGCUCUCCAUUGGGUCUCAAUUGCGCGAAACCACUCGCCUGUGAGAAGGCAAUCUUGUUUUUGCGUUGUGAUAAGGAGGUUGUUAUGGGGCUGUAUGCCAGCAUCCAUGACUGAUGGGCUCACGUAUUGAAGUUCAUUCGGCUGUAUUUGAGCAUUGAGUACUGAGUGUUGUGUGCAGAGUGCGGGGUUUAUUUGGAAUCCUGAUUUUCCACUCCAACCUGAGCUCUGCAACCUGAGAUUUGGAAGCAUAGUUUUACAAAACUUCGGUGCGAAAAAGUAUUGCCAAAUGCGGCUGAAUUAUUUUCUGCCAGGCGACAUUAACCCAUGACAAUUGCUGUGUUUAGAAAAGCUAUUUGAAAGUCACAUGGUCGUCAAACGAACCUUUCAUUAAUAAUGGGAGGAUUGAACAAGAUCUUUAACACGCUAUGCCGUUUGGUGAGACAUUUUCCCUUUUGAAUAUCGUCAAUAAACCUAGAUGCAAUAGGUAUAAUAGUUCAGGCUUCAUUAGGCGAGAUAAAUUAUCCCAGCAAAUACUAUUAUCACUAUCAGCACUAUACGUUACAUCAUCACCAUCAUUAAGGCUAUUGGUAUAUUUAAGCAAAUGACACAAUAAGCAAGAUGAUACUGCAUUUCUCGAGCUCCUUCAGUAAUGAUAUCGACGUAACUUCUAGAACUUCAGUUACUUCUAGAAAUUAAGAAAGCCCGCCAUACGUCUUUUUUGAAAAUAUUAUUCCGUUGAAUCUGUCUCUAGCCUGCCUAAUCGUAGCCCAUUUCUUCUGGGUGGCGUAUGUUCUGCAUUCACAAUGCUAUGCAGCAAUGAAUUAAACUUAUUUUCUUAUCAGUAUUGAAUCAUUCAGACUGAUUCAUAAAGUGAUAUUCCGAGCACUGUAAAAGAAGGCACCUUGUUCUGCACUUAUGCUAAUUGACUCGAAUUUGAAUUGUGAUCCUAUUGGCUUUGGAUAAGUAGAGUGUACUCGCUAUGGGGACUACCGUAGAUCUGGUCCACGAAAGUUGCUUUAACGGUAUGGACUUGUAUUUCGAUUCAUAUGAAUCAUUUACAAGUUUGAAGAAGGUCUCGAUGGUCUCGUGAGCAUUGCGUGUUGGAUCUGGCGGACUGCGCUCGAGUGAUAUGCAUUGUUUAGCCCGCGGAUGAUCGACAUUCGACGCUGGUGUGCGUGUGUAUGUGAAAGGUGCGAAACUAUGCUCCGUUACGUGCAAUACAAUACCUGACCUCA